AUGAUGGAGUUAGGAGAAGGAGUAUGUAAGCUAAGGAAGAUGGAUUUCGAAGACGGACCGUUUCACGAAUUCGAACGAGAUGUUUCGGCCGUUCUUGAAUUCGUUUAUCAAACUCAGCUCGAACUCGCUGCUUGUUCAGAAGAUAUGUGUUUGACAAUGGAUCAAUCAGACAGAUCUUAUCAGCUUUUGGGUGGUUACGCAGCUGGUGAGAGUAUAUACAGCUUAGAGACAAUGGUUGAUUUCAACAAUGGAAUGUCUGAAACAACUGUUAUACUCUUCUCUCCUUCGAGCUCGUCAUCUGCGCCAACACGGGUUAAGCUUCCUACACUAACCGCAACAGAUAAGCAUCUUCGUGCUUUUACAGGCGACGAGUGA